AUGUCCCGAUCAUGGCCACCCUUUCCACCACCAUCCCCAAGUCCAAUAUCUUCAGACUCGAAAAUGCCUGGUUUACUGAACGCCAACUUCGUCCCAUCUGUACUCUCGGCAUGGCUCCAAGGUCCUAGGUGCAUCGAUGCUGUAGGUAACCUCGCUGCUCGGUUGAAGUCAACCAGAGCGGCGGCAAAGAUUGGCUCUCGAGCUUCGCCAGUGGCGGCAUACUGGAAGCAACGGGCAAAAUUCAGAGCAGUCAAGGAAGGGGACAGCAACACGGCCUUCUUCCAUGCACAUGCAAUGGCACGAAUGCGAAGAAACAACAUUAGAUGCAUUGCUGUCAAUGAGGUACAAGUCACCAGUCACUCAGCCAAGGUGCAAGCGCUCACUGAACAUUUUAGAUCCGUCAUGGGUACAGCGGGACAGAGCAACUGGCAGUUUGACUGUAAUCAGCUGUAUCAAGAAUUAACAAAGGCAACAGACAUGCUGACAGUGCCAUUUACUGAAGAUGAGGCAAGGGCUGCAGUAAAAUCCAUGAACCAGGCUAGUGCUCCGGGUCCUGAUGGCUUCGGCCCCGGAUUCUACAAGGCCACAUGGCAAACUAUAAAACCAGAUGUUAUGCAGUUCCUAUCAGCAUUUCAUGACGAGAGUGUUCAGUUACAGAGAAUUAAUAGAUCAUACAUGGUGUUGAUCCCUAAGAAGCCAGAUGCAAACACGACAGGGUUCAUUAGAGGAAGGUCCAUCACUGAGAACUUUGUAUACGCCAUGGAACUUGUGCAAUGCUGUCGCAAGAGAAAAGUGCCGUCUUUUAUCAUCAAACUUGACUUUGCCAAGGCCUUUGACAUAGUGAACUGGGACGCGCUGGACAUGGUCUUACAAGCAAGAGGAUUCAACAGUGUCUGGCGAAGGUGGAUGCAAUCCAUGCAAUCCUCCCGCACAGAUGUUCUUGUAAAUGGAUGUCCCGGACCAUGGAUGGACUGCAGUACGCAGAUUUACACAAUGAUUAUAGUAAGAGAACUUGCUGAUGUUCAGAAUCUGAGAAUCAUACUAGAUCAGUUCGCCGAUGCCACUGGGCUACAAAUAAACUACACCAAGAGCACUGCGGUGCCGAUCCACAUGAAUGGGGACACGGUCAGGGACUGCAUCUCGGCACUGGGCUAUAGAAGAGAGGGGUUCUCUCAGACAUACCUUGGUCUGCCGCUCACAAAUGGCAAGCUGCAGCUAUCUGCCUUUGCUCCAAACAUUGCUAAGGGUGACAGAUACCUCACAGGCUGGCAGUCAUCUCUGCUCAACAAAAUUGGGCCGUGCAACAUUGGUCAACUCCGUGCUUGA